ACCAGGGUUACAGACGCAGACUAAACAGAACUAGUCGAACGAUUAGUAUGAUCUUUUGUUGAACGGGUAAUAUGUAAAUAUAUUAUACAGAAAUGAUAUUCUUAUAGCAGAACGUAUGUUAUCGAACAAAAAUUGAAGUGAAAUAGAAGAUACAACCUAAUAUUUUGAUUAAGGUGAUUCUUAAAUUGCAAAACCUAUACUACUUUAUCUUGCAAUAAUGAACGAAAAUAAACGUAAACAAGAUGAGUUGUUACCUGAACACAAUACUAAAAGAAUAUUAAAUGUACUUGAAUCAAGUACAGAAAUAUCAAGUUCAAAUGAAAAACAGGAGGAUGAAACACAAGAUGAAGUCUGUUCAGAACCUGAUAGAAAUCGAAGAAAAUAUGAUACAGGACAGAAUCUUAAUGAAACUAAUAAUUUAAGUACUGAUAAUGAUAAGGAAACAAACGAAUCAUUGCAAACUAGAGUACAUAGUAACAAUUCAGUAUUAGUUGCUAAACAUUAUAAUUCAUUAGCAAACGAAGAUAAUUGCAACAGAAAUCGAAGUCGUAUAUUGUAUAUGAGAAAUUUUAAUAAUUGGAUUAAAAGCAUGCUUAUAAGCGAAUAUACAGAUAAAGUAAAAGAACAUAAAGUGUAUGGAUCUCCUCUAAAGGUAUUGGACAUGUGCUGUGGUAAAGGUGGAGAUCUGUUUAAAUGGGAAAAAGCAAAAGUAUCACAUGUAAUUUGUGCUGAUUUAGCUGAAAUAUCCAUAGAACAGUGUCAGCAACGUUAUAAGGACUUAUUAAAAUCAUCUGCUAAUAAAAGAGACCCCACUCCUUUAUUCACUGCUGAAUUUAUAACAGCAGAUUGUACAAAGGUUCAUUUAAGGACAAAAUUCAAGGAUCCCAGUAUACAGCUUGACUUUGUCAGCUGUCAGUUUGCAUUUCAUUAUUGCUUUGAAACAUUACAACAAGCAGAAUGUAUGAUGAAAAAUGCCAGUGAAUGUUUAAAACCAGGAGGCUACUUUGUUGGAACUAUUCCAAAUGCAUAUGAUUUGGUUUCUAGGUGGCAAAAAUGUGAUGGCAAUAGUUUUGGAAAUGAUAUAUACAAUAUAGAAUUUUGUUGUGAUAAAACAAAACCACCACUUUUUGGUGCUAAAUAUCAUUUUCAGUUAGAAAGUCUUGUUAAUUGUCCAGAAUUUUUGGUUUAUUUACCAGUUUUAAAUAAAUUGGCUCAAAAAUUUGGUUUAGAAUUAGUAAUGUUUAAAAGAUUUGACGAAUAUUAUGAAACUAUGAAGAACAAAGGUAAAUUUUUGUUAAAUAAAAUGCAAGCCUUAGAGACAUACCCUCCUCAGCAGGGAACAAAACUUCUUGGCAAACCUGAUGAAGAUUAUCAACAUGUUAAGCAACAUGCACGAAAUGUAUCAGAUCGUCAUAAAAUUGGAACAUUAUCACAGUCAGAUUGGGACAUUAUUACAUUGUACGCUGUAUUUGUUUUUCAAAAAAUGAAGACUGUGUGGAAUAGCAAGGGAAAACCAGAAUAUGUAAAAUUAUAGAAAUUACCAACUGUAUAGCAUUAAUUUUAUAGUAUAGGCUCGAAAUUAAAAAAUCACGACUACAGAGUUUUCUUU